GAUCGUAAUUGGUUCCCUCGAUCCAUUUGAUCCCUGUUCUUUGACUUGGAGCAUCGACCGGCGAGCGCGGUGGCAGCGGAGACGGCCAUGGCGAGCUUUGGAUUGCGACGUCAUACGAUCCUUUCGAGAUGCCUCCGGAGUCUCGCUCGUCCGCUGUUUCAGCCCUCCUCGGGUCGAGGCUUCUCUUCGACCGCUAUUCCGAUCCUUUUGGAGAGGGUUGGAUUCAUAGGACUUGGAAAUAUGGGUUUCCACAUGGCAACUAAUCUCAUAAAUGCUGGAUACACCGUCACCGUUCAUGACAUUGAUAUUGGUACCAUGAAGAAGUUCUCGGAGAGAGGUGUUCCAGCAAAAGAAACUCCUCGUGAAGUUGCAGAGUCAAGUGAUGUCAUAAUUACAAUGCUACCUUCCUCCUCCAAUGUCUUGGAUGUCUAUACCGGUCAAAAUGGCUUGCUUAGUUCUGGGAAUCAUCUGAGCCCCUGGUUAUUUAUCGACUCUUCUACAAUAGAUCCACAAACAUCAAGACUGCUUUCUGCUAAAGUCUCAAAAUAUCAUCUCAAAGGAAAGAAAGGAUAUGCAGAAAAUCCCAUUAUGUUAGAUGCUCCUGUCUCUGGAGGUGUUCCUGCUGCCGAAGCAGGAACUCUUACUUUCAUGAUUGGUGGCAUGGAAGAGGCUUAUCUGGCAGCAAAGCCACUAUUUCUCUCAAUGGGUAAAAAUACUAUAUAUUGUGGUGGAACUGGCAAUGGUGUUGCAGCAAAGUUAUGCAAUAACUUGGCACUGGCUAUUAGCAUGCUUGGGGUCUCCGAAGCAUUUGCACUUGGUCAAAGUUUAGGAAUCACAGCUAGUACAUUGACAAAGGUUUUCAAGUCUUCAAGUGCUCGCUGUUGGAUUAGUGACAGUUACAACCCAGUACCUGGAGUAAUGGCAGGGGUGCCUUCAUCGAGGAAUUAUGAUGGUGGAUUUACAUCCAAACUAAUGGCCAAGGACUUGACACUGGCCAUGGCAGCUGCAACGGAGGUUGGUUUUAAGUGCCCCAUUACUUCCGAAGCAUAUGACAUUUACAAAAAAAUGUGCGACGAGGGCUUUGAGUCCAAGGACUUCUCCUGUGUCUUCCGCCAUUACUACUCUGGUAAGGAUGAGAAUUAGAUUUAGAUUGAAACGUGCAAGGACUGCCAUGGGUGUGUGUGACUUCUGUGUCUUCCACCAUUACUUCUCUACUAGUAUGAGAAGAUUUCUUUACCAACAACAUGGUUGCUGAUGCUUGUAAUAAAUGGAAUAAUUUGAUGUAAACAUCCAUUUAUAUAUCACAGUUGGAGAAUGAUUGUUUGCUCAUAA